CACUCUCACCAUUGGACUUUCAUAUCGCUAUCGCCCCGCCGAAAAAGCUCACCAAAGCUACACAAGAAAUCCGGUAUACGGAUUACAAACAGUUCGUCGCUGCCACGCACCCGAACAGCGAAAUGGCAAAAAAGGGCAAGAAUUCCAGCAGCGCCUCGGCGCCUGCUCCUUCAUCGGCUUCAUCAAAAUCCAACAAAAAAGAUGCCAAGAACAAGGGGUCCUCAGAGGGCGAUUUCAUCGUCUUCACCAAUUCAGACAAGGAUUCCAAGAAGGGGGGACGAGGCGGUUCCUCCAACAAGCAGGGCGGCGGCGCCACUUUCAACAACAAUUCCGAGAACCCAGACGGGGCCCCGCGGCCAACUGCCCGCCAGCUCAUCGGCGGUGCCUCCUGGACCGGUAAGCUGCCCGUCAACCUCCUGUCCGAGCACUGCCAGAAGCAGAAGUGGGAACGGCCGGAAUAUAGCACCAUCAAGACCAAGGAAGGCUAUUCGGUCCUCGUCAGCCUCUCCGCCAGGAACCCAAAGACCAACGAGAUCACCCGCCUGCCCCCUUUCAAGCUGCCCCCGAGCCACGUGCACAUGGCCUACAAGCCGACCGCUCUCGAGGCCAAGCACUUCGCCGCCACCUACGCUCUCUACCGCGUCUGCAGCAUGAAGAACCUGCACAUCUCCCUACCCCCCGACUACAAGGCCCUCUGGAAGGACUUUGAGGCCCUCAAGAAGCAGGACAUCAAGGAGGGCAGGGCUUGGAUGUACGAGGCCGACCCUUUCCAGGCCGCCCGCGAGCGCGAGGAGGCUAAGGCCGCGGCCGAGAAGAAGAGGGCUCAGGCGCAGGCGGCGCGGGACAAGGCGGCCGCCGAGGGGAAUGGCCAGCCGGGGGUGUCGCUCGCCUUUAGGGGCAGUGCAGGGGCAGGAGGAGGAGAAGGAGGAGGAGGAGGGGGGGCGCAUAGUCUCACGAGGGGCUGGGCGACGGUGCCCAAGAUCGAGAUGGGGAACAAGACGAGGGCGCAGCUGGAGGACCUGUUGAGGAGGGAGACGGUAUGGAACCCCCACGGCGUGGUCAUGCCGCCGGAGCAGAAAGAGGCGAUCGUGCGGGAGUUCAAGGAGCUCGGGUUCCGGCAGAGCCACGUUGAGGAGGCCGUCGAGGAGUGCAAGGACCGCGAGGAGGCGCUCGAGUGGCUGCUCGUGCACAUCCCGGAAGACGACCUGCCGCGGUGGGCGCUUCCGGAGAAGUACACUGCCGGCGUGACGGUGGCGGCCACCGACCUGCGGAAGGAGGGCGUCAUCAAGCGCCUUUCCGAGUCCGGAUACUCGAUCGACCUCUGCCGCAAGGUCCUGGACGCCAGCGGCGGCGACGAAGGCCGGGCUGCCGAGGCCUUGCAACAGAUGCUCCUGUCAAGCGGCACGGGGAAGGAUGCACCGCAGAGCGAAGAACAAGUCGAUUCGUGGAGGUCGCCCGAUGAGAGCUGGGACGAGGAGAUGGCAACCCUCGAAGCCAGUUUCGGGGACAAGUACACCCGCCUUUCCCCUGACGUCUGUCAGAUCCGGCUCGAAUCCGUCGUCAACGGAGCCAACACCGACGUCGAGACGUACCUGCAGUUCCGCAAAACGCCCCAGUAUCCGACUCAGGUGGUCCUAUCCAUCGUGGCCCCGCUACCGGCCUAUAUCAAGCUGAGCAUCAUCAAGAAGGCCCUCGGGUAUGCGACCGAGUCGUUGCAGGGCGAGGAGGCAAAGAUUUACUAUCUCGUCAGCUGGGUGCAGGAAAAUAUCAACGAGAUCAUCGAGCGGCCGGGAGCCCUCAGAGAUGUCUCCGCGGUGUCGUCGGGCGCCUCCGAAGAGCCGACAUCUGCCGCGAAGCCGUCGCGGAGGCGGCCGCGGUACCCGAAGCCAGUCGACUGGACACCAAAUCCUCAGAGCAGGAAGGAAUGGUUGGCCAGGACGGAAGCCCCGGCCUACAAGAGGAUGGUGGCCCAGCGCGAGCGUCUGCCGGCGUGGCAGGUCAGGGCUGAUGUCAUCCGGACCGUCUUGGAAAACCAGGUGACCAUCAUUUCGGGAGAGACGGGCUCCGGCAAGUCGACCCAGUCCGUCCAGUUCAUCCUCGACGACCUGUACAACAGGGGCCUCGGCAACGGAGCCAACAUUAUCGUGACCCAGCCACGCCGUAUCUCUGCGCUCGGUCUCGCCGACCGCGUCGCCGAGGAGCGGUGCACGCAGGUCGGGGAGGAAGUCGGCUACAGCAUCCGCGGCGAGAGCAAGACCGGCCCCGACACCAAGAUCACCUUUGUGACGACAGGUGUGUUGCUCAGGCGUCUCCAGACGUCUGGUGGCCGCGUUGAGGAUGUCGUGUCCUCGCUCGCGGAUGUCAGUCACAUCGUGGUAGACGAGGUCCACGAGCGCAGUCUCGACACCGACUUCCUGCUAAGCAUCGUCCGCGACGUCCUCUACAAGCGUCGGGACCUCAAGCUCAUCCUCAUGAGUGCCACAUUGGACGCCGCUUCCUUCCGGGAUUACUUCGUCGCCGAUAGGCAGGACAUCACGGUCGGCAUGGUCGAAAUCUCCGGCCGCACGUAUCCGGUUCAGGACUACUACCUCGACGAUGUCAUCCGCAUGACGGGUUUCAGCGUCAGCAACCGAUACGACUACCAGGAUGACGGGGCCGGCACGCCCGCCGGAGAUCAGGCAGACCCGGUCAACAAGACUAUCCUGAAACUCGGAACUCGCAUCAACUACGAUCUGAUUGUGGAGACGGUGAAGAGCAUCGACGGCGAUCUCUCGUCGAGACAAGAGCCCGGCGGCAUCUUGAUCUUCCUGCCUGGCGUGGCCGAGAUCAACCGCGCCUGUAACGCUCUGCGAUCGACGCCGUCGCUUCACGUCCUACCGCUCCAUGCCUCCUUGGAGACCAGGGAGCAGAGGAAGGUCUUUGCCCCCCCUCCGCCGGGCAAGAGAAAGGUAGUGGUUGCCACUAACGUGGCAGAGACAUCCAUCACCAUCGACGACAUCGUCGCCGUUGUCGACAGCGGCAGAGUCAAGGAGACCUCAUUCGACCCGGCGAACAACAUGCGCAAGCUCGAGGAGACCUGGGCGUCCCGCGCCGCCUGCAAGCAACGCCGCGGCCGUGCCGGCCGUGUUCGAGCCGGCAAGUGCUACAAGCUCUUCACGCGCAACCUCGAGUUCCAGAUGGCGGAGCGCCCGGAGCCGGAGAUCCGGCGCGUCCCGCUCGAGCAGCUCUGUCUCGCCGUCCGCGCCAUGGGCAUCCGCGACAUCGGCCACUUCCUCUCGCGGGCCCCAACCCCGCCGGAGGCGACGGCCGUCGAGAGCGCCAUCGCCAUGCUCCGACGGAUGGGCGCUCUGGACGGGGACGAGCUGACGGCCCUCGGCCAGCAGCUCGCCAUGAUCCCCGCCGACCUGCGCUGCGGGAAACUGAUGGUCUAUGGCGCCAUCUUCGGGUGCCUCGACGAGUGCGUCACAAUCGCCGCCAUUCUGAGCACCAAGAGCCCCUUCCUCUCGCCGGCGGAGAAGCGCGACGAGGCGAAACAGGCCAAGAUGCGCUUCGCCCGGGGCGACGGCGACCUCCUCACCGACCUGCGCGCAUACCAGGAAUGGGACAGCAUGAUGGCCGACCGUUCCGUCCCGCAGCGCCGGGUCCGGCAGUGGUGCGACGAGAACUUCCUCUCGUUCCCGACCCUGUCCGACAUUGCCUCGACCCGCUCGCAGUACUACGCCUCCCUUGCCGAGAUGGGAAUCCGCCCGCCGUCCUCCCCGCCAUCGACACCGCCGUCGACCCCUCUCCUCCGCGCCGUCACGGCGUCCGCCUUCGCCCCGCAGCUCUGCCGCAUCCAGUUCCCCGACAAGAAGUUUGCCACUUCGGUCUCGGGCGCGGUCGAGCUUGACCCCGAGGCCAAGACGAUCAAGUACUUCUCCCAGGACCACGGCCGCGUCUUCAUCCACCCGUCCAGCACCAUGUUUGACAGCCAGAGCUUCUCGGGCAACGCCGCCUUUGUGUCCUAUUUCAACAUGAUGGCGACCAGCAAGGUGUUUGUGCGGGAUUUGACGCCGUUCAACGCCUACACCCUCCUGCUCUUCACGGGCCCCAUCACGCUCGACACCCAAGGCCGCGGCCUGCUCGUCGACGGCUGGCUGCGCCUGCGCGGCUGGGCCCGCAUCGGCGUGCUCGUCUCCCGCCUGCGGGGCGUCAUCGACCGGCUGAUCGAGCGCCGCAUCGAGAAUCCGAACGCCGGCCUUAGCUCCUCUUCCGAGGGAGGCGGUGGUGGGUCCGCGGCCGAGAUUAUCCGGCUCGUCACGAAGCUUGUCGAGCUGGACGGGUUGGACGCUUGAUCUCAUUUGUGGGGGGAGAAAACAAAAGAAAUCAAAAUUUAGAAAAAUUUUUUUUUUUUUUGGGGGGGGGGGUUGUUAAA